AUGAAAGUAUACAAAGACGUGUUUACCAACGAUGAAGUAUGUUCCGAUUCAUACAAUCAAGAAGACCCAUUUGGAAUUGCAGACUUUCGCGAAAUCGCCUUUGAAGUGAAAUCAAAUAAAAGAAUAAAAGGAAAUGACGACUAUGGCAUUGCCGAUAAUAGUGAAGAAGCAGUAGAUGGAAUGGGUGCCGACGUAGAACAGGUUAUUGACAUUGUUGACUCCUUCCAAUUAACAUCCACAUCUUUGAGCAAAAAGGAAUACAGUGUUUAUAUAAAGAACUAUAUGCAAAAGAUUCUCAAAUAUUUAGAAGAAAAAAAACCAGAUCGUGUAGAAGUUUUUAAAACGAAAGCUCAACCAUUCAUUAAACAUAAUUUUGAUGACUUUGAAUUUUACAUGGGAGAAUCACUUGACAUGGAUGCAGGCUUGACUUACUCAUAUUACAAAGAUGGGUUAUACGAAGAAAAAUAUUAA